ACACCGCAACCAUUAAAAAGCUCGAAGUUUUGCAUCUCUCUGCAGCGAUUUCCCAUUCAAAACUGCACAACAAGAGAAAAACAAUGAAGGGUUUUGGCAGGUUAAUAUCGCGAGCUUUGUUAAGCCAAAAAAGAUUCGAGCUUUGCAGAGAAAUCAAUACUACAUGUCGAUUAACACCUUGCCGUUUUAUACAUGCUUCAUCAGCAAUGGCACCGUUCUUGCACAUCCGUGGUGGUGCUUUCUCCGAUUGCAAGACGUUGAAGUCUUCUUUGCACCCAGAGAAAUGGACCUUUUUGACAGCGCAGAGGAGGACAAUGUUUAUACAAACCCAGUCCACACCGAAUCCAUUAUCCCUUAUGUUUCAUCCUGGGAAGCCAAUUAUGGAUGUAGGGAGUGCGGAUUUCCCAAAUGCUCGUUCAGCUAUGAAUUCUCCGUUGGCGAAAUCUAUUUACGAAAUUGAUGGUAUCACUCGAGUUUUCUUUGGAUCUGAUUUUGUCACCGUAACAAAGUCAGAUGAUGCUUCUUGGGAGUUCCUAGAACCUGAGAUAUUUGCAGCAAUCAUGGACUUUUAUUCUUCUGGAGAACCUUUGUUUCUAGACUCAAAAACUGCUGCAGCGAAGGACACGGCUAUUAGCGAGGACGACUCAGAUACUGUGACAAUGAUUAAAGAGCUGUUGGAGACUCGUAUUCGACCAGCAGUGCAGGAUGAUGGUGGAGAUAUUGAGUAUCAGGGUUUUGAUGAGGAAACUGGGAUAGUCAAAUUGACAAUGCAAGGAGCGUGCAGUGGCUGCCCAAGCUCUUCCGUCACUUUGAAAUCUGGAAUAGAGAAUAUGCUGAUGCAUUAUGUACCAGAGGUGAAAGGUGUGGAACAAGAAUUGGAUGCUGGAGAUGAGGAUGCAGCACUGGCAAGCCAGAUAGACUAGUCAAAGUCCUUUUUUCCCCUUCUCACAUAACAUGUCCUGAUGUAUAGUGGACCCUAAAAGAACAGAACUUCCCUACUUCCAGUAUACCUCUCUGUACAGGAGCAAAUAAAGUUCAUGGGUUCAAAUUAACUUGAUAUCAGUAGAGCAAACGUUAUAUUUUCAUGUAAAAUAAAUAUAAUCGCAGUGCAAGAGUAUGAAUGUAGAGCUGUAUGAACAUUGUAUUACUUGCGGAAAAUCGGUUUUUCUGUCA